AUGGAGUGGCCGCCGCCGUCGACAUCACCGUCACUGUCACCGUCGCUGGUGGUGCGCAGCCCCAGGCAGACGGUCAGCCUGAUCCGCAACCGCCGACCCCACCGUAAUUGGGCCCCCUCCACCAGGUCCUCCUCCUUAGCCGCCCGCGACCACGGCCCCAAGCCGUCGGAGGUGUACGGUUUUGUCGGAUCCAUCACCACCGUCAUCGCCACCGCCGUCUACCUCGCCUGGGCAUACACGCCCGAGCCCGUCCUCCGGUCUGUCGGCAUCACCUACUACCCUAGCAAGUAUUGGGCACUGGCGGUGCCAUCGUUCUUGAUUGUGGCCGUGGUGCUGUCCAUGGGUAUCUACAUGGGCCUCAACUUCGUUGCCACUCCUCCACCGACUUCCUGCGGUACUAUCUUCGAUGAAAAUAGUCGUGAGCGCACAACGGUUUCUCCUGCAAUUGAGGAGGAGACGCCCAUUGAACCCAUAUCAGACAUUAGUAUUGAUCAGAUCAACAAUCUUAUGUUUGGUGAUAGAUGA